AAUAAUCAUCUCCAUGGAAACGGCUCCCGGACGUGAAGCUUGCUAGCUUAUUACACGAGCAAAUCAAUCCCACUCACCCGUUAGCUAGCUAACUGCUGGAUCAGAAGCGUAUCUGCAUCGUAGCAUUGUUUUAUACCGGAUCGCAUUACCACUUUUUACUCUGCAGUUAUGAGCCGGACUCCGGAUGCAAGGGCAAGAGACAGCCAGACCAGACAGAUCCAGGAGAACAUCACCAACACGGAGAAGCACUUUGGAGAGAUGUGCCAACUGUUCGCCGCCUACGUGCGUAAAACGGCGAGGUUACGGGACAAGGCAGACCUACUGGUCAGAGAGAUCAGCAUCUAUGCGGAGACAGAAACGCCAAAUCUGCAGAGGGGUAUGAAACAGUUUGCAGACAACCUUGCCAAAGUUCAGGAUUAUCGUCAAGCAGAGGUGGAGAGGCUUGAAGCCAAAGUGGUAGAGCCUUUGAAAAGCUAUGGAAGUGUUGUUAAACUUAAAAGGGAGGACCUGAAGACCAGUCAGAGUGCCAGGAACAGGGAGUCUAAACAGAUGCAGCAGCUGGAGAGAAUGAGACAGAGAAACCCUUCUGACAGACAGAUCAUUUCCCAGGUGGGUGUCUGUCUUCUGAGACCUCUGGAGCUCUGGUGUUGUAUGGUGGCGGCUGAAAGCGACCUGCAGAGAGCCACGAUGGACGCCACGCGUACGACACGCCAACUGGAGGAGACAAUAGACGCGUUUGAAAAGCAGAAAAUACAAGAUAUCAAGAAGAUCUUUGGGGAGUUUUUGACGGUGGAGAUGUCGUUCCAUGCCAAGGCGUUGGAGGCGUACACCACAGCUUACCAGAGCAUACACAACGUAGAUGAAGAGGGGGAUCUGGAGGUAUUCAGGAGCUUGCUGCACCCCCCUGACUACCAGUCUCGUUUAGAAAUAGUGCGUGCUAAUUCCAAAACAUCACUCAAUCUGACUGCGUCUACCCUGUGUAAAACAGGGACCUUACAGCAAUCACUGACCCCGAGCAGACAGAGGAGAGAGGAGGAGGAGGGAGAUGACGAAGAUGUGGAUGAUGAAGAGGAAGAUGAUGAUCUUGAAGAAGUCACAGAUGAUGAAUGAAUUGGAAAUCUGUUUUGAUAUAGUAUCUUUUCAUUUGUGAUGGAUGGGAGGAGGUUUUCUAGAAAAUAGUGUGUUCUUUAUGGCCAUGAAAUGAUGUCCUAAAUGGGGGGCCAUAUGGGGCCCAUAGGGCUCUGGUUAAAAGUAAGUGCACUAUAUAGGGAACAGGGUGCCACUUGUGGACACAGGAUAAUAUUCACCUAAAGUGUUUUUAACCCAGCAGUUGUACAUGGUCGUUAUUAUUUCCAAUUCUGGAGCUGAAAUAAUUGCUAUGUUAUUUGUUUAUCUAUUUCAUUGGCCAAAGGGAUAGUGGGAUAUCAAUGUCUUUGUCAUGUGGCAGUAUUAAUGUCUAAUUGUAUUUGUAUAUAACAAAGUGCCAAAUCUGUAUUUGUUUUGUGUGGCAAUGUUGCCUCUCUAUUGUAUAAACUUUGCAGAAUAGAAAAACUGUUUGUUUUUAUGGAAUAAACUCUUGCCAGUGGACUCAACAAUGGAAUUUAUAAAUUGUUCAGAAUCGUCAAUGUCUUGUUUUUGCCAUGUAGACCUAUUGGCACCAUGUGUUGAAUGAUACACAGUCACCAUGGUGACAACCGGAGGGUUUAGUUGAAACUGACUCACACUGGUCAUAAUGAUGAUGAUGGUGGAUUAGAAAUGGUCAUGUCAAUGCAGUGAUAUUAAAUAACCCUCUACAUACUGUU